GUUAAUAAAGAUUAAUUAGGCUUUAUUUUAUUUUAUUUUAUUUUAUUUUACUUUUCCUUAUGUAUAUAAUACAUUUAUUGUUGAUUGUCGUUCUCAUUGUAACGAAGUGUUUUAAGGCUCAACAGCCAAAUAAUACUUAUAGCAAUAAUACUAUUUUUCAAGUCUUAAAUGAUACAACUACUAGCCCUGCAUUUAAAUUUAUGCAGUUUCUUCAAUCUUCUCCUGACUACCAACCCAUACUUGAAUUGCUGUCCAAUACAUCGAGCAAUUUAACAUUAUUUAUCCCAAGUGAUCAAGUCUAUUAUGAAGUAACGGGGGAACAUCCACCUACUUUAACAGAUCCCAGCAAUAAUACUACAAACAGUACUACAAAUGGUACAGAAGCAUCUACAACAACAACUUCAUCAUCAUCAUCAUUAUUAUCAACAACGACAACAAUUACUGGUUCUGUUACAACUAUGGCUGAUCCUUCUUUCUCGAUGGGCUUACCUAAUAUUUUUACAGUAUCGCAUCAAGCAGAAGCAACUUCCAUUUACAGCUUAACUAAGAAGGAUUAUAUUUAUAACUCCUACGAUAAUAUUAUGAAUAAUCCAAAUCCUGAAAAGAGAAUAGUAUUGUCGAUGAGGGCUGAAGUACUCUCUAAGUUUGGUUCAUUAAAGAUGCCUCAACCACAACUAGGAAUACAUAAAGCCAUUGAUCAAGGAAAUUGGGAAGCAGUGACUUCAGAUCCCAUCUUUGCUAAUAGCUUCAACCAUACCGAUCUAGCUUACUAUCAUUUAGUCAAUGGGUCUACAGUUUUAACAAACACAACAAUGGUACUUGAUUCAUUAUUGACCAAUACAACAGUAAAUAAAUGGUACUCAUAUUCACAGCUUGUCGUUCAGCAAAGAAAUAAUUUAACAGUCGGUAAUGGACUAGGUAAUGAUGCUAACAUUUUAGCAGAUAAAACAAUCCAGGCAUCUAAUGGUAUAAUAUACAUUAUUGAUAAAAUCUUAAUACCACCCGUAAGCCCAAUAGAUACUUUAAGUAUCCUUGAAAAUACGACAUUUUUUAAUUGGAUCUUAUCUCGAUCAAGUUAUAAUUCAUCUUUAAAUACAGCUAACAAUAUGACUCUCUUUGUUCCUACUAACAGUGCAUUACAAAACUUGAAUUUUACUAUUUUAACCAACGAGACUAUUGAUAAUUUUAUUAAAGCUCAUAUUAUUUCUGGUGUUUAUUAUACAACUAAUAUGACAGCACAGCCUAUCACUGUCAGUUCUUUAGCUGGAACAAAUUUGACCUUAAGCAAUUCGGAUGUCUCUAGCAAUCAAAGUGCAACAGUGAAUGAAAUGCAUAUUAUUCAUUCGAAUAUAUUAUUAAACAAUGGAGUAAUGCAGUUAAUUGAUGGUAUUUUGACAUUUCCUGUGCCUCAACCACCUGGCAGUAAUCCUGAUGAUAAUCCUCCUAAUAUUGGACCUUUCCCACCACCUGUUAACUCAUCUUCUUCAUGCAAAUUAUUCAAAGUAUCAAAAUUAAUUACAACUUUCAUUAUUAUAUUUUUAUUUUUUCUAAAAUAA